UAACUACGUAGCUUUGUUAUUGUCACGUGACCUCUGACGCUUGCACAGCGCCAACUUGUCGAGUUGUUACUGGUAAAUGCUAGAAAUGAUGAAAUAUCUAGUAAUACGUUUUGCUGACGUUUGAUUAAGAGUUAUAUAAGUGAAACUUUAGGUUUUUUAUCAGCGUUAAAUUGUGCUCAGCUGGUUAAACACCUGGCUGACGUUAAAGUUCGCGGUAACGAAAGUAACUGAACGAGGAAGCGUUUCCAACGAUUGACAGCGCUGACACCCAGCACUUCCUUAUUAAUACAACUCGUAGUCAAGUAGAGGGAGUUUCGAUGCAUCUGAGUCUUUCAAAGCUGAUACUCAGAGAUUGCUAUUUUCAGUAUGCGAAACAGACAGAGGGGAUCCCAGCUGGGCUUGCUGCUCCUUGCCUCCCAGGUGUUUCAACUGGGUCUGAACAAUAUCCCUCCCAUCACUCUGGCUGUCCUGGCUCUCAAUGUGUACCUUUACCUAUUCCCUGCUGCCCCACUGUUUCAGGCCUGUGUUAGUGUGCAGCAGGCCUACUGGUUAAAAGACUGGCGUAGACUCCUGCUGUCCCCACUGCACCAUGCAGACGACUGGCAUCUUUACUUCAACAUGGUGUCCUUCCUCUGGAAAGGUAGAAGGCUGGAGCAACGGCUGGGUGGGCCCUGGUUCCUUUACCUGCUCUCAGUGUUCUCUCUGCUUACUGGACUGGUCUAUCUAGUGUUGGAGGCGUUGUUAACAGAGCUCAUGCAGGACCAGUCGUACAGCAUGGCGUGUGCUGUUGGCUUCUCAGGUGUCCUGUUUGCUUUGAAGGUACUCAAUAACCAUUACUACCCCGGAAGUGUGACCUAUGUGAUGGGAUUACCUGUGUCUAGUCGCUAUGCUAGCUGGGUAGAGCUGGUGCUUAUCCACAUAACAUCACCCGGGACCUCUUUUGUUGGUCACCUGUCAGGUAUCCUGGUUGGUCUCCUCUACACCACCGGACCACUGAAGAAAAUCAUGAAGAAAUGUGCAGGGUUUGUGACAUCGAAUGGAUAUAACUCACAGCCCGGUGCCUACUACAGAUCUUCAGGCCCUUCAGGCUACACUGGCACUGGUAGAGGAUUCUCAGGAAACUAUCAGUAUGCACCAGGUUACACAGCAGAUUAUACCGCAUCUUAUACAGGUGGACUGACAGAGGAAGAGCAGUUAGAGGAAGCCAUCAGAAACAGCCUGAAUGACAGAGGUCAAACCCAGCAGAGAGGAGCUCCCCCUGCUUAUGGUUUCCACCUCUCCGAAGAUGCCAGAGCUGAGGAAAUCAGGCAAAUGAGACUGAGGAGGUUUGACAGAUGAAUGACAGACAGCGGCAAGGAAGAAGAAUUUUUACUGAAAAGUUCCAAAUGCUGCAUCCACCAGCUGAGGAUGAUUGCCCUGAAUAAGAAGAUCCAAAAUCACAGCCUGACAUAUUUAAGAGGUCUUUGUUGUGUGGCGCUUUAUGCUAAGGUGGCACUAAAAUGAAUUAAUGUCACCUAUGGAAAAUGGCUGUGAUGCUUAAUAAGAGUUCAAAGGCUAAUGAGCAGUUUUUGAUCUAUCUGAUGACACUGAAGACAACUUUUGAUGCACGUUCGGUAGCAGAGAUUAAAGGUAAUAUUAGUUUUGAAGUAGGUAGCAGACAUGGUAUUAAAAAUGCUGUUUAAUGCUGCUUUACGUCUAUACUUGAAUUGGAGAACUGCAACAAGUCUUACUUAAACACCACUAUAUUUACUCCAGUCACCUAGUGUUCUUUUUCCACACAAGCAAUAAAGACGAGACAAAGUUUUGUUUAAACGGCUUUAAAAUGUUUACUGCGAUGUCUCAGCAUAUGUUCAUCAACUUAGAGAUCCAACGACAAGAGAAUGGAAUCAGAGCUAUUAUCCGUUUACUCCAAACUUCGGAAAGCCGUGAUUGUAAAUUCUAAGAGUCUGGAUGAUGAAAUCCACUGACAUCUGAAACAUAAUGUUGCAGGAGCUAUCCUGGAGGUGAGCAAGACUUCUGAUCUCAGUAAGCCUCUACUUAUAUUACUCAACUACAAAAGGCAAAAAUGAAGCUGGUAUUAAAUUUUAAAUUAUGUCUUUUUUUUAAUUUCCCCUAAGAUCCCUUUAAAUUUUAACAGGCCAGUAUUUUCAAGAAAGUUCAGCAAAGUUCAGCAAAAGAUAUGAACAAUGUGCUCAUGAUGCAUUCGCUCGUCAGUAAAGUUUUACUGAUUCUGUCAUGUUUAAGUUCAAGUCGUUUAUCAUUAGAUUGCAAAAAUAUGCCGCAUUGUGCCAAAAGUUUCUAAAUUCUUCUUGAUGUUUUUGCUAAAGUUUAUAAAUGUUGCUUUUUGGUGCACAAAACAUCUGCUUUCAUGAAUGCUCAGUAUGCCUUUGUAGUCGUACAUUUAUUUAUUUACAUACGUUUACACAUACUGCUCAUUCACUAUUUUGAGUUGAAAUAAUCCGUGCAUACCUGCGAACGUACAGCCGAAAUACAUCAUCUAUACGCUAUUAAAUAUUUUUAUAGGAAAUAAAAUGGAGUUACGUGUAAUUUGUUUUUUAAACAAAACAAAUCCAACACCAUAAUACUCUAACCUUUGUAAUAAGGCACCGAGCUAGACUGAUGCUAUCUGUAAGUAAAGUUAGGAGGGAACAUUUAAGAAGUACAUUGCUGGCUCAGAUUUCCCCUAAAGCCCUGAGGCGUGACGGGAAGUAGGACAGCUUAAAAAUUAGAGCUAAGAAACCCAACGAACCAUAGCUCAGCCCACAUGGGUCGAAAACCAUAAUAUUACAGUAGAUUUGAUAAAGUCUUGCCAUUUCAAGUGGGGAGAGAGGGUCAAAAGGUUGGGCGUUACACAUCCAGGCUCACUGUCAUAGUAGGCGGAUUUAAAUAUUUUUAUAUCAGAUGUGUGCUGACAGUUUACAUAGUUUGAUUUUUGCAACCUGCCAAGAGGAGCGUGGGAGCUGAGCGGUGCAGAGGGGGCCUGGCAGAACAUGAAUGGGGGAGGCUGAAGAGUGACAGAGGGGAUGACAGGAUGGGGACAAGGAAGAGGUGUCUGAGUUGUCUGUCUGGAGCACGGCUGCACAUUAAAGGCAGUUCUUGGCAUGUUGGCGGUUCUGUUUCAGUUCGUCAUCUCACAUCGCACCUCCUCUGUUAACAGAUCUGACUGAUUGGUUCUGUGAAGAGCUCCACCUGCUGUGACACUGUCACUGAGCAUUAGAGAGGAAACAGUGAGAAACGCUCAUCUCCUGAUUCACCCAUGGAGGCUGAGUUCAGCUGAGGAUUUAGAGAGGUUCAGCGAUACAUACACACAAACCAGAUGAUUCUAAAUCAAAGGUUUGGAGUGUUAGGUAUUUGAUUGAUUUUUAAAAAUCAUUUUAUGUGUUGCCUUGUGGGUCAAUUUCAAAGCACCAGUGACCAAACACACCAUAAAAUUUCUUUUGUAAGUGGCCAAAGAACCUGGUAGUGACUAGCCUAAAAUACCCUUCAGCUCUCUGACUGUGCUUAUUAGCCAAGCAGGGCCACCCGGCUAACACAUUCUGCAUACCCACUCUGAUCCACUAGAAAAGAAACACCCACUCCAGUCGAUCCGGCGUGAAGGUCAAUUUGUCUUUGCAUCUGCCAAAGCCAGCUGAGAUCACGAUAGAGUCCCACGGGACCAGUGCCACUGCAUAAAUGAAAUAAGCCCAUGUUAAAAGAGGAAGCUCUCAUUUUUUUGGAUGACUAUAACCCCUCCCCACUGCACUGUGAUUAACUUCAUCAAACUCAAAUCCUGCUCAGCAACUCGUAAAGUCUCGUGGAGAAUGGUAUUAACUUGUACAGAGGUAUAAGCCCAGGGCUAACUUUUAGAACAGUUAUGUCACCCGUGUGCCAGAGUUACAUACUGGGGUGAAAUCCCCCUUAUCACUCCAAGUCCACCCUUAACCUCACAUAGUUUCCUGUUGAUUUUGUUCUCUGCUUCUUCUUCCCUGCCACGCAGUGGAACGAUGUGGACCAUCCUUUUUCACGGUCAACAGUCCUGCACGCCAACGUGGGUAUUUUUAGUUAUUUUGAUUAAAUAAACAAUAAGCAAACGUUUUCUGAUGCAGGAAAUGUUUUUCAAACAAAAAGUUUUGAUAUGUGGUUAGUCAAAUAAUAUAAAUUGUUUUACACCAUUUUUAAAUAUAGGCACAUGUGGUCUCAAAUAAGUCUUUUUCAUACAAAGAUUACCCUCACUUUGAAAAAAGGUAUAAAAAGCUCUUGAGAUGGAAUAUUAUAAAUGUAUACAGUGUGCAAAUACUAAUAACACUAGUAUUUGCACAAUCUUGUAAUACUAGUGAACUAUUCUUCCUUUGAGUACUACUUGUGUUCAUUAUGUAGCACACGAUACAUAAUCUCCAGUAACUGUGUAUUUCAAUGUUCUGUGACGUAUACAAUACGAUACCUGUGUUCUGCAGUAGGCCAAUGAAUCAGUGCUCUUGAUUAUA